AAAAAGAGUAAUUGAUUUUUAAAAUCACUUAAGAACUUUUGACCCAUUCUGUAUAAAUAUUUAUGUAUGUAUGGAUAUAUGCACGUGUAUACACGUAUUCAUUCAUAAAAUAAGAAAUUAGAAAUAGGAAUGCAUAUGUCAUUGUUAUCUACGAUCCUGCGACAUAUGGAAAAAAUGCCAAUCCGCAUGGCUUUCGCUUUCAUUCGAUUAAUCAUAAUCCAUAAUGAUCGAAUAGAAGAAAAUUAUAAAGUCAACACACACACAUAUAUUUAAAAACGUAGAUAUUAUAAGUGCAAAAUUAAUGUAACAGAUAUAUACAAUAUAAAUUUUAAACAAAUGUAAAGAAUUAAAUUUACGUAAAAAAAAAAAAAUAAUAAAAUGUUGGCAACGUUGCUGCGAAGAUGCAACUGUCUAUGUAACCUCCAAAUUAAAAUAUAUCAAAUUAAAAAUGAUCAAUUAUUUUGCAACAACUUUCUCAAUACUAAUAUCAAAGGAAAUUUUGUUACAACGUGUAUAAAAGAAAAUUCAAAGAAGGUAUCGCCCGACGAUAGUGCCAUCUGCAUCGACAAACCACUCGAAUGGCCGACCGGGAAAAGAGCUCAUUUUAAAUUUCACGAAGAAACUGAAGCUGCUAUGAAUAAACAAAUAAAUGCCGAAUUUAAAGCUUUUUAUUAUUAUUUAUCUUUGGCGGCAUAUUUUGGGCGCGUAGAUGUUGCAUUGCCAGGUUGCGAGUCAUAUUUCAUGCAAAUGCAUCAAGAAGAGCAUGAGCAUGCUUUAAGAUUCGUCGAUUAUGUUAAAAUGCGCGGUGGUCAAGUAAUAUUAUGUCCGAUUUUACCACCAGUUGAUCCAGAUUGGAAGUGCCCUCUUCAUGCCUUUAAAACUGCAUUGGGACUCGAGAUAGAAAUCAGCGAACAAUUGGUUGAUGUCAAUACGAUAGCUGAAAAACAUGGUGACUUGAACGCAAGUGAUUUCAUUAUCACAGGUUUUAUGGAAAAUCAAAUGAAAAGCGUCAAUGAAAUGGCGAGAUUCGUAACGGUUUUAUCAGGCAUAGGCGAUCAAGCACUGGCACGUUUUGUUUUCGAUAAGGAUUUACUCGAUAAUCACGUAUCAUCGGAAUUUAAUGUUAUUAAAAAAAAAUUACGUUUUAAGAUAAAUGAAAAAGUAAAUGGAUAAAAUCGUUUAUCCUUUGUGAUAUUCUUUUUUUAAAUUGUA